AUGGUUCUUAUAGAAGUAUUGUCAUAUCUAGAUGUGACGGUUGUGGCACCGUUAUUAGCAGCUCUUCAGCUCAUCAUAAUUUCACUCACGUCCGGAAUUACACAGAAUUAUCCAUCGCAAGCCACAAUUUAUGACAAUCAAACCUUCGACUUCGUCAUAGUAGGCGGCGGCGCUGCCGGAAGCGUGGUAGCUAACCGACUGACCGAGAUUUCCAACUGGACUGUAUUACUCGUCGAAGCUGGUGACUACCCCACAUUAGCUUCUGAUAGUCCUGGAAUAUCAGUAUUAACUGCACCAGUUUUGCCACAUUGGCCCUACACCUGUACAGACGAUGAAUACUCUAGUCAAGAACAAAAAUCUAAAAGUAUUUACUACAUUCAAGGGAAAAUGUUAGGAGGAUCGAGCGGUAUCAAUUUUAUGUAUUAUGUAAGAGGCAAUGAGAAAGAUUUCGAAGAAUGGGUCGACCUAGGAAACGAGGGAUGGGACUUUGAAAAUGUCACAGAGUAUUAUAUAAAGAGUGAAAAUUUUACCGUCGAGGACAUACUUAACAGCGAAUCUGGUUCCAUACAUGGCACCAAAGGAUACUUGGGCAUUACGAAAUAUCUUUGGAAAGAGGAUACUGAAGAAUACCUUAAUGCUUUCAAAGAAAAUGGUCAAAAAAUAUUAGACGAUUUAAAUGGGUACGAUCAAGUCGGAUAUUCACAACCACAAUUCACAAUUAACAAAGAAUUGAGGCAAAGUUCAGCGGUGGCUUACAUAAGUCCUAUAGCAGAUCGGCCAAACCUCUAUAUACUUAGAAACACUGAAGCCAAGAAAAUUAUUAUCUCUGACAACGUCGCUGUAGGCGUUGAAGUUACUAAUGAAAAUGGAACAUAUCAAAUUAAUGCUAAGAAGGAAGUUAUUCUCUCCGCAGGUACAAUAAAGAGCCCACAGAUUUUGAUGCUAUCCGGAGUAGGACCGAAAGAUCAAUUAGAAGGAUCAGGCAUAACAACAAUCUUGGAUUCACCGCAAGUUGGUGCUAAUCUACAUGACCAUCCUCUUGUGCCAAUAUUCUUUAAGGGUACGGAGAUCUCUUUACUGUAUUUGAGUGACCUGAAUGUUCUUGGGAAUCUUAACGAAUUCCCAGAACCUUGUAUUAUGGGACGUGUUGCAAUCGACAAAAAUCAAACAUACCCUGAUUAUCAAGUCACUGCCUUCCCUUUUCCAUCGGGUUCUUUGUUCGGCACCAUAAUGUGUACUGAAGUUUUUACAUGGAACGAUAAUAUUUGUACAAAAGCCGCUGAAGCAUCUCGGCAUAACAUGUUCUUUGCUCUCGUUGCAUUAAUGCGUCCAGACUCAAAGGGUUCAGUGCGAUUGAAUGCAACCGAUCCGGAGGGUACCCCGGAGGUUCGUACAGGCUACUUUACGAAUUCAAGUGACAUUACAAAAUUCACUGACUCUGUAAUAGAUUACAUAUCUGUUCUCAAUUCGACAUUUUUCAAGAGUGCGUCCUAUGAAGUAGCUGAUUUAGGCGUUGAACAAUGUAAUAAAGAAACAUUUGGAACCCGGAGUUACUGGGAAUGUUUUGUAUUGAAUAUGUCUGGAACGCACUAUCACCCUGUUGGCACCUGUGCGAUGGGUCCAGAAGGUGUUGUGGAUGAAACAUUAAAGGUUCGAGGAAUCGAUCGAUUAAGAGUUGUAGAUGCUAGUGUAAUGCCUUCUAUCGUCCGCGGAAAUACGUACGCCACCGUUGUUAUGAUUGCUGAGAAGGCGUCCGAUAUGAUUAAAAACAGUCAUGGAAUAUAUACUGUGUAAAAUUUUAUUUAUCCGUGUACAGUACGUGUUGUUGAAAU